AUGCCGGAAAAAGGAAGUAGUUACUUGGAGCCAAAUCAGGGCUGUAUGGUGGUGACUCCAGACCUUCCACCUAAACUUUUACAGAAAUCUCUCUGCCCGCUUCAAAAGAACGACGCCAUUUCGCCACCUGUUAAAGCAUUCUCUUUUGAUGAAAUCUACAUUAUUAGAGAAGCAGCAAUUCCUGAUAUUGUCCAGAUGGUCCAUCGAGAACGUAGUGCUUUCAGAAUUAAGCUGCAAGACAAAUAUAAAGCUAAUCUUAUUGAAGAAUACAUGUCACAAUAUAUACUUUCUGAUGAGAAGAUAAAUCUUAUCAAAAGAAAUUUCGAAAAGGAAUUUGAAGAUGGCCUGCGGCGCUUCGAUGACACAGCCCCUCGUGAUCCAAAUGCCCGUCCUGACGACCCAGUAAUUCAAGAUACAAGCACUCUUGGAAUGAAAGUAACAUUCUUCGCCGAAUUUUUCAACGGAACUGAAAAUGGUGAUUUUAUAGUCAUAUACCUGAACAGGCGCUAUCUGAUGGUAAUGUUAGCUAAAGUCAAACCCGGAUUCCCAGUAGAGACUCAAAGAGAUUAUUUUAUUGUAAGUGAAAAUGUUCGAAGAUCACCCUACAUCAAGAUUUACGAAUACAUUUGUGAUUGUUUGUUAGCAUUCCUUUCUAAACUUAAUCUUCUUAAUGAAACACACAUAGUUGGAUUUUGUUCCGAUUUUCCUAUUAUCCAAUUAGGUAUUGAUGAUGGAACUGUCUGGUAUUUCACUGAAAGUGCUUCAGAUUUUCCUCUUAACUGUUACAAUAUUAGGCAGUGCUUCGAAAUGGUUCUGCUGAGAGAAAGAUAUCACGCUGUUAAAAUCGAACUCGUCGCCAUCUUGAAUAAUAAUACCAGUAUGUACAUCAACUCGUGCUAUCUGUUUGGCGAAAUAGACAUGUUUCUAAAUUUCGUUGAUGACUGCGAUCUCCUGUAUUGUGAGAAUACAUCAAAGAUUAAAAAAUGGAAUGUUUUGAAUAUCGCUGAAAGAAUACUCAUCGAUACAGAACUCAGAAAUUUCGGAGGAAACGGUGGUCUGGACUUCAUUGCUUCAGAUCUUGAGCGGCUGGCUGUGACGACAUCUGUUACUACAGAUAAACGUGCCACGCUGGAGAAGUUUGUCUCAGAACAGUAUAUUUUAGAGGAAAUCAAAUAUAUCUUAGUCGAUCUUUAUCAUAAAUUGCUAUACUGCCGAAAUACAUCAAUAGAAAAACUGCAAACCGAAGGAGUAUCCGUCAUGGAGUUAUGCAGUUUCACUGACGCCAAGGAAUUGGAACAUUUAGCAAGACUGUUACCAGGUGGAACAACUGGUGGAUCUAUAGAUGAUGCCAAAAUUGCUUUGUACGUAAUCAAAAUCGUGUUGGUAAGAGCAGCUGUGUUGAUUUCCAUGUGCAUCUCUAGAGUGAUGUCCAGGUUUUUGAAAGAAGAUUUUAUAAUUGUUGUGAACUAUCCUUUGUUGAGAAAGCACCCGGAUUACGAAACUUAUAUCAGAAAUGUUACGAUGAAAUUCAUGCCGGAGAAGAAAUUUCAAAUUCUGUGGGCAGAAGAUAGUUUUAAUCUAAAUGGAGCUGCUUUGGCAACAGCUUUGGCCCAUAGACUUGACAGAAAAAAGCUUCACUUUUGA